CAGUGGACCCCAGGUCCUCAGGGCCCCUCCCAGCCACAGAUGCUGACCCUUAGCCAUCUUUGCUAGAAAGCUCCCUCCUCCAGCCCAGUCACUUCACUGAGCAGCAUCGGCCCCAGCUGCCCUGCCGCAAGGCUGAAAGCCAGGGAGCCUGGUCAAGGACCGCUUUCCCAGCAGCCCCUGGGGGCCCAGGCUGGGAGGGUACCCGCCCCUGCUUUGGGGCAGGAAUUUCUCCACCGCCCCUGGAGGCCAGGUGGGCUCUCCCCCAGGUGGGCCCCCUUUGUCCUUAGAGGCUGCCACUUGCGGCCUCCCUCAUAAAGGCCUCCCCCUGCUCCGGUGGCAAAGUGGUCGGGGCUGUGGGAGGGGUCCUCUGUGGUGCACCUGGCUGCGGGAGCUCCCAGCAUGGCCUGGCGUUUCCACGUCAUCUUGCCACUGUUGGCGGCAGCCAGCCUGGGGCUGGGUGGGCAGCGGUUCCCCACGCCCGGCUUCCCAGGCCUCCAGCACAGCUAUGACUGUGGGACCCGGGGCAUGCAGCUGCUGGUGGUCCCCAGGCCGGGCCAGACAAUCCGCUUCAAGGUGCUGGAUGAAUUUGGGAACCGGUUUGAAGUGAACAACUGCUCCAUCUGCUACCACUGGGUCACCGCCGAGCCCCGGGAGCUGGCCGUCUUCUCCGCUGAUUACCAAGGCUGCCACGUGCUGCAGAAGGACGGGCGGUUCCACCUGAGGGUGUUCGUAGAAGCUGUACUGCAGGAUGGUCAUGUGGAUGUGGCACAAGAGGCCACUCUGAUCUGUCCCAAACCUGACCACACCGGGACUCCAGACGCCAGCCUGGUGCCACCUGCCACCUCCUGGCCUUCCUCCCCUCAGUUGCUUCCCCUCCGCCCCACCCCCAGCCACAUCCCUCCCAGCCCAUCCUACCCAGAACACAGCUUCUUCCUUCCGACUCCUGCUCCGCUGUCCCUGGGACUGGGACCCUCCCGCCCCGCCCUGACCCGGCCCCAGUGGGGCACCGUGGGACCCUGGGAGGUGGACCAGCCUGAGUCCGUCGGUGCCCAUCUGCCCCAGGAGCAGUGCCAGGUGGUCUCUGGGCACAUCCCCUGCGUGGUGAGAAACGACUCCAAGGAAGCCUGUCGGCAGGCCGGCUGCUGCUACGAUGACAGCAGAGACGUGCCCUGUUACUAUGGCAACACAGCCACCGUCCAGUGUUUCAGAAGCGGCUACUUCAUCCUGGUCAUGUCCCAAGAAAUGGCCUUGGCACGCAGGAUCACGCUGGCCAACAUCCACCUGGCUUAUGCCCCCACCCACUGCCCCCCGACCCAGAAGACGAGCGCUUUUGUGGUCUUCCGUGUUCCUCUCACGCACUGCGGCACCACGGUCCAGACAGUCGGCAGUCAACUCAUCUACGAGAACCAGCUGGCGUCGGACCUCCAAGUCCAAAAGGGACCCCAGGGUUCCAUCACUCGGGACGGCACUUUCCGGCUUCACGUCCGCUGUCUCUUCGAUGCUGGUGACUUCCUGCCCCUCCAGGCGUCCAUCUUCCCACCCGCCUCGCCUGCCCCCGUGGCUCAGUCUGGCCCCCUGCGGCUGGAGCUGCGAAUUGCCAAGGACGAGACCUUCCGCUCCUACCACGGGCAGGACGACUACCCGCUGGUGAGGCUGCUCCGGGAGCCAGUCCACGUGGAGGUCCGGCUCUUGCGGAGGACAGACCCCAGGCUAGUCCUGGUGCUGCACCAGUGCUGGGCCACUCCCGGCCCCAACCCCUUCCAGCAGCCCCAGUGGCCCCUCCUGUCGGACGGGUGUCCUUUCGAGGGUGACAGCUACAGAACCCAGAUGGUAGCCCUGGACAGGGCAGACCUGCCCUUCCAGUCUCACUACCAGCGCUUCACGGUCGCCACCUUUGCCCUCCUGGACUUCAGCUCCCAGAGAGCCCUCAGGGGCCUGGUCUACUUCUUCUGCAGCGCCUCUGCCUGCUUCCCCUCGAGGCUGGAGCCGUGCUCCCCAGCAUGUGCUUCUGGGACUGCACGACAGCGAAGAUCACCGGGUCACUUCAACGGCACUGCCAGGCCCCUGGACAUCGUAAGCUCUCCAGGACCAGUUGGCUUCCAGGACUCUUAUGGAUGGGGGCCCACAAGUACCAGGGCUUAUGCAGGCUCCAGCAGGAACUCCAACCCCAGGCCACUCCUCUGGGUCCUUCUCUGCUGCUGGCUGUUGUCCUCGUCCUGGGGGCUGGUGUGUUUGUGGGCCUGAGGCAUCUGAGAGGCACCAGUGAACAGGCCCAAUAAACCAUUGUU